ACGCUUCUGACGUUGUUUGUUGUUCAGGAGCGGCUUGACAAGAGGAAUAUGACAUUUGAAGCCCAUAUCCAGGACCCGUCUGUGUGUGAUGGCUCUUGAUGCAGUAACUCCAGCCUCAGUCCACUCAUUGUGAAGCUCCCCCUCACAUUUGAACGGCCUUUUCCUGACAAUCCUCUCCAGGCUACUGUCAUCCCUGCUGCUUGUGCACCUUUUUCUUCCACACAUGGUUUUCUGCACAACUGUCAGGUCAGCAGUCUUCCCCAGUUGAAUUACUGAAAUAAAUUACCUUUUGCACAAUAUGCUAGUUUUUCAAGUUUCACCUGUAUAUUUUGUGUUACUACUUGAGGUACAUUUUAUGAUAACGAUAACAAAGUAUGCCAAGGAUAUUACAGAGUGACUAAAAUCAAAUAGGUCCAUAAAAUAAUGUUGCUGAACAGCAUAUUUUACAGAAAGAACUUGCUAUGUUGUAACAUUUUAAAAUGUCCUGGUACCAGAUCUGAGAUCAGUUACUGUACUGAAGUGCACAGGAAAAGUCCAGCCUGAGGUAGGCCUCUCUGUCUUUUUGUUUUUGCCACGUGUCAGUUGAAGAUUGUGUAAAGUUGAAGUCUUACAGAAAGACCAGAUGUGACUCUGGAUCAUUUCCACUCUGACCGCAGAUGUGUUUGUGUGCGCGCGUGCGUGCUGGCUGAAAGCAGAUUGGUACAAAACAAACUAUAUAUGGCUUGAGCUGGGAUCAGAAUUUGAUAGAGAAAACGUGUGCAGAGAAUGGGUCAAAAAAUGGUACAACCUUUAAAUUAAUCUAUAAUAUUGCAGGUAUGUAAACAGGUAAUUCAAUGCUGCGUAAGAAAAUAAUGAUUAAUGGGUUUCAAUUUCAGUGCCUCACUGCUGCCAGAAACACCUGGAAAUAUUAAAAUUUUCCAAAUGAGGCCACUCCAGAUGACUUACAAAACACCUUUUGGCCAACUGAAAAAAAAUUCUAUUCCAUCUUUUUCUUUCAAGAGUAAACUAGUCUUUUGAGCCAAGGAAUAAACUGUAACCAGGUUAUUCAGGCUUUUAUGCAACAGAUGAGUCAGUGUUUGUUUAUUUCUUUUUCAUAUACUUUGACCAAAGCUGCACAGUGUUAUGUCAUAACUGCUUCCCAGUGUCUCACCCUGUCUGCCAGUCUCCACCUGCUUUCCAGGCCUGGCUCUGGUUAGCACUGCCCCUCCGUGUUUAGUGUUUUAAAGCCAGAUGAGACACACACACACCAUCCUUUAAGGCUUCUGCGGUUGGAUUGUUAUUCCUGCAAAUGGCAGUAUUUUUCCCUGUUCAGAGAGAUGAGAAGGAGGGAGAGAGAGGGAGAGAGAGAGAGAGAGAGAGAGAGAGAGAGAGAGAGAGAGAGAGAGAGAGAGAGAGAGAGAUAAAUUGCAAGCAUCCACGUUGGAGCAGCCUCAUUCAACAGGUCUAACCAUGGAGUUCAAAGGAGUGUGUGUGCUGCUGGGAGUACUACUACUGGUGAACUGUUCAUUUCAGCAGACUUCACCAAGGAAGCCAGUGAAAAAAGAUACAACUAAGGAUGCGGCCAUUGAGUCACUACAGAAACAGAUUAACGACAUCAUCCAGGAGCUGAACCUACUGAAGGAACAGCAAGCCCUGCAGACAGUCUGUUUGAAAGGCCUAAAGAUUCAUGGCAAGUGUCUCUUGGCUGACCCUGUGAGAAAAACCUAUCACACUGCCAGCGAAGACUGUAACGCCCUGGGCGGAGUCCUCGGUACGCCCACAUCCAGCGAUGAAAACGACCAGCUCAGAGACUACAUCCGCCAGAGCAUCGGCUCAGAUGAGCAGAUCUGGCUGGGCAUCAACGACAUGGUGACUGAGGGCACCUGGGUGGACCAGAUGGGCUCCAGCAUUACAUACAAAAACUGGGACACGUCCAACAACCGGUCCCCUCAGCCAGAUGGCGGAAUGUCCCAUAACUGCGCGGUCCUGUCCGGGGCCACCCGUGGGAAGUGGUUUGACGAGAGCUGUCGUGAGGAGAAGCCCUCCGUCUGCCAAUUCAACAUUGUUUGAUCGCCUUUAUCUCAUCAUAGACUGUGCAUGGUUAUAGUUGCUUUCACUGUCUACUCUUGCUGCAAUGCCACUCUGCCUGCUAUUCUAAAAGGAGUUUUAAGCCAGUGGUUCUCAGCUGGUUUUGCAUCAAGAUUACAUUCUGAUCUUGAAGUCACAGUCAAUAUGAAGUUGUUCGUUUUGACUAAAGUGAUCCGGUGACAUGUCAUUUGCAGCAUUCCUUCUGGUCACAAUAAAACCAGGGAGAAUGCAGUGCGGUCCAGAAUAAGCGGAAGGAAAUCCAUGAUUUCUACCUUCAUUUAAUGUAUUUUUGUACAUUUUCUAUAAAAAAAUAAUAAAGUAAUUUAGAAACAUAUCUAUUGGAUGAUCAUAGUUCAAAAUACCAGUAUUCCUGCAACAAAAGCGGUGUGUAGGUGUCGGCACCUUUCACUAAUGUAAAAACUGGCUGUAACUUUCCAUUAUUUUCACACAUCCACACCUCUAUUACAGCAGAUCCAUGACUUACUGGUUGAGAACCACUUGUUUAAACUUAAGCAUCCCUUCAUAACUACUGUAUUUUAACGACAAGACUCGCAUGCAGUCAGAAUUAUAUGUGAUAUUGCAUUAAAAAUUACAAUACAUUCUUUCAAGAGAUUAUUUCAGUUUGCUGGUCUUGUAGUCUCCUAUAAUGUCUGGCCUGAUGUAACCUGUAAAAUGACCAUCAAUAAACUAUGAAAACCCA